GUGCGUUUAUAUACAGUGUAUAAAAUAUUAAUAGUAUAUAUAUACAUGUAUGAAUUUUUCUGAAUUUAUACCCUGGAAACUAUACAUGACAGUAUUAGAUAUGACUAAGUACUAGUAUAAUAUGGCAGAGGGACUUAAUGAAAGGAAUUUCUUUGAAGAGAACAACCAGUUGCUAUCAUGGCAGCUCAAAGGAUUGCAGUGGUAACAGGGGGCAACAAAGGUAUUGGGUUUGGUAUAAUGAAAGAACUCUGUGCCAAGUUCAAUGGUAUAGUUUAUCUAACAGCUCGUGAUGAAGGAAGAGGUCGUGCUGCCAUUGAGGAGUUGAAGAAGUUGGGACUGUCUGCUCACUUUCAUCAGCUUGAUAUUGACAAUGCAGAGAGUAUUGCUGCUUUUGCUGAUUACAUCAAGAAAACUUAUGGUGGCUUUGAUGUGCUUGUCAACAAUGCAGCUAUGGCUUACAAACAUGCAGCUACAGAACCCUUCGGCGAGCAAGCUGAGAAUACCAUAAGAGUGAACUACUUUGGUACUUUAGCAGUUUGCCAUGCUCUCUUUCCUCUGCUAAAACCUCAUGCUAGAGUUGCCACAGUAUCUAGCUCCUGUGGUCAUCUUUCAAAAAUUGAUGGAAAUGAACCUCAAGCUGCUGCACUUAGAGAAAAGUUUGCAUCAUCCACUUUAACAGAAGAGCAACUUGGUGAACUUAUGAAUGAGUUUGUUGUAAAAGCUAAAGAUGGAACUUGGAAAGAAUCUGGAUGGCCUAACAGCACCUAUGUUGUCAGCAAGAUAGGAGUCUCAGCUCUCACACGUAUUCAGCAACGAGCCUUUGAUGCUGACCCUCGUCCUGAUAUGGUGGUGAACAACUGUCAUCCUGGAUAUGUAGAUACAGAUAUGACUUCCCAUAAGGGUCCUCUUACUAUUGAGCAAGGUGCUGUGUGCCCAUCUUAUUUGGCUCUUCUGCCUCCUGAUAUCAAGGAACCCCGGGGAGCCUAUUUGUGGUACGACAAGCAAAUUGUUGAUUGGGUUAAUGGACCAACGCCAACUGCUGUGUAAGAUAGAAUAUUGGGCCACAUGGUGUAUAUGGAAAAGCUACUACUAAGAAAUAUUCAGGUAAAUCUAGCAUAAAUUAUAAAAAGCAAAUGAGAAUUUAUACUUACAACAGGCCUGAGUUUUGUAUUACUCUUAGUACCAAAUCUUUGAGCACUUGACAUUGUUACUGCAGAGACCAAGAAGUAGUGCUGCCUUCAACUUAUAUAUAUUAUUGUAACUAUGUUACUGAUUGUCACACACUGUAAGGCUCUCUUAGAAAUGUCUUCUUUAUUUCUAGCUAUAUAUAAAGACAUAAAUUAUUUUACAGUUUGUUCAUUAGAUCACCUGUAGUGGUAAAAAAAAGAUGUGAUUGACUCCUAUAAGAAUAUCAUGUGAUAGAUUUGUUUAUAAGCUGUAUAUUACCAUACAUGUUUUUUCAUUGGUCUUCCAAGAAAAUUAAUUUAACAAUGCACCUUUAUCUACAAUUUUGCUCUUUUGUUGUUUCUUAGGACCUUAUGUGACUGCACUGCAAUAAAAAUAUAUGGGCAUUAAUAA